CAUAUAAAUAGCGGCAGAUUCUACGAUUCAAGCAGAGUAGCUGAACUCCUCUCAGUGUUCAGUUCCCAUUAUUUGCUUCUCUCAGCUCUCAAUAAUACUACCAUCUGCAGGAUGUGGCGUCUGACAGCGGCUUUGCUUGUGGUGGCUCUAACUUCAGCUUCCCCACAGGGUUACAAUUAUCCAGCUCCUGACAAUGGUUACUUACCUCCUUCACCUAGCAACCCCACCUGCCAAGUGGCUCCUAUCACUUCCGUUCGCUACGACACACGUGUUCAGACAUCUGUUAGGGUUCAAACAGUAAACCAGUUCAAUACUCAAUAUGUUACCACAACACUUGUCAGGCAACAAGUUAUCCCAACUACUUUGUACGAGACACGCGUUUUGACUCAGCCACAGUACCAAACCAGUAUUGUACAGCAAACUUCUGUUGUUUACAAUAAUAGAGUUGUAUCUCAGACUAUUCCAAGUCCCCCGAUCCAGUCUGUAGUAUAUGUCACAAGUACCAGAGUCGUACCUCGUGUUGACUAUGUCACUCGCACUCAGAUCCAGACUCAAGUUGUACCUGUUGAGGUUUUCAACACCCAAUAUCAAACAGUCAAUCAGCCAGUAGUUAACUACCAAACCCAGUUUCGGCAAGAAACUAGAGUAGUUUCUAUUCCUGGCCGUGAUGUUAUCCAAACUCGUGUACAAACUGUUGUCCAGACUUCCAUUAUCAGAAGCCAGGCACCAGGAAAUACCCGUUUCCUCACUCAGACUCAGGUGCAACAACAGGUGCAGACCAGCGUUCUUAGAGGAAGAGAUGAAAUUGUAACUAGUUAUGUUCAAAGACAACAAGUCGUCCCAUACACAGCAGUCAGUACUAGAUAUGAAAAUGCUUUUGCAACCCGUGAGCAGGUUGUCACUAGGACAAAUAUUGCAACACAAACCCAGGUCAGAACCCAGUAUGUGCCACAGGAAGUUGUUAGCACACAAGUUGUGCCAAAUACCAUCUACACAACCCUCUUUGAAACAAGGGUUCAGCCAUUCACACAGGUGCAGACUGUUAUCAGGACCCAAUACAAUACUCCAGCACCUGUAGUCCAAACACGUGAGGUAACCAGUACUUCAAUCUAUCAGGCUCCUGGUAGAGACCAGAUUGUGACCAGGGAAGUAGUACAGACUCAACAACAACAGCAGAUCGUUUACCAGACUGUUAAUCAGCCACAACAAAUUGUUGUCACCAGAACUGUCACUGCUACUUGCUCUGGUUAUAAUUAUGAUGAACCUGCUAUUCCUUUCAACAUUGGCAAAUAAACAAGCGUAUUGUUAUUUCCCUGGAACAUCUAGGAAAACAAUUCUUGAUAAAACAACCAUAAGGUCUAUAUAGAUAUAAAAAGAGGGCACUACAUGAAGCGUUUUCAUCUAGUUAUAAACGCAGUAUUUUAACAUCUUUUUACUGUUAAUAAAGUGAAUGUAUUUAUGUAAAUGGCAAAUACACUUUAACACAUGUUCAUAA